AUGGCCCACGCACUUAGUGAUGACCAGGUCGCUGGCGAGCUCAAGAAGAUGGUAGCCUUCAUCAAGCAGGAAGCCCUCGAAAAAGCCCGCGAGAUCGAGAUCAAGGCCGACGAGGAAUUCGCCAUUGAAAAGAGCCGUCUCGUGCGUGCCGAGACCGCCGCAAUCGACACCCAGUACGAGCGUAAAUACAAGCAGGCGUCGCUUUCGCAGCAGAUAGCCCAGAGUACCGUGAAGAACAAGACGCGUAUCAAGGUUUUGUCGGCCCGUCAGGCCCUGCUGGACGGCAUCUUUGAGGACACCAGAGGACAGUUGAAGUCAAUUUGUGAGGACCAUGGAAGAUACGAGGAGGUGUUGACCAACAUGGUGUUGGAGGGACUGUUUUUAAUGAACGAGCCAAGCGUAGAGCUCAGGUGUAGAAGCUGCGAUAAUGAUAUCGUUGGAAGGGCAGUGGAGAAGGCGAAGGAAAUAUAUAAGCAGAUGGCUGGGGAGGAUAUUGCUGUUAAUGUUGAUCAUGACUGGCCGCUAGAGGAAUGCCACGGUGGUGUCUGGAUCACCGGUAGUAAUGGCAAGAUCUCAAUCGACAACACCCUCGAACAGCGCCUCAAGCUUCUCGAAACCGAAGCCUUGCCAUCCAUCCGUACCACCAUAUUCGGGCCCAACCCCAACCGCAGAUUCUACGACUAA